GUCGUUUGACCAACUUAAAAACCCCAAAAAUCCCAAAAUUGCUUUGCCUUUGUAGAACAGGACACAAUAAAUAAAUGAAAGAAAUAGACGGAGCGUAUCUUCGAGUCAUCGUCUCACAGUGAAGCUUCCAAGUCGCAGAAAGAAGCGAUUGAUAUCCUGAGAUCAAGUGAUCAAGCAUCAUCAUCAACAUGUCUGGUGGCAUCGCACGUGGCCGUCUUACUGAGGAGCGAAAAGCAUGGCGCAAAAAUCAUCCUCAUGGUUUUGUGGCCAAACCUGAAACUGCUAAAGAUGGCUCCGUGAAUUUGAUGGUCUGGGAGUGUAUUAUUCCUGGCAAGGCGGGGACUGACUGGGAAGGUGGCUUUUUCCCACUUACUCUUUACUUCAGUGAAGAUUACCCAAGCAAACCCCCAAAAUGCAAGUUUCCCCAAGGUUUCUUCCACCCUAAUGUCUACCCUUCUGGAACUGUCUGCCUGUCAAUCCUCAACGAGGACUAUGGAUGGAGACCGGCCAUUAAUGUGAAGCAAAUUUUGGUGGGCAUUCAGGAUUUGCUGGACCAGCCCAAUCCUGCUGAUCCUGCACAGACUGAUGGGUAUCAGCUUUUCAUCCAGGAUCCUACUGAGUACAAGAGAAGGGUGCGACAACAGGCCAAGCAGUAUCCACCAGCAAUAUAAUUUAUGUUUGCUUUUCUGGAUAUGAGUAACUUGUUUGUAUAUCUUGCAUUGUUUAAGUCUGACUCUCUGUGCAAGAGUGAAGCAGCUGAAUUAUUGGUGGCAGAUGAAUGUUUUAUGUGGGUAUAACUAUUGCCUAUUUCAGUUAUGAAGGGUAUUUUUAUAAGA